GAGCAGCUGGCUCAGCAUGCGGGGCGCGGGCCCAGCCGCGAUGGUGGCCUUUUAUGCCGGGCUUUGGGUCUCUAACCUGGGGCCGGCGCUGGGCCAGGAGGCCGGGGCCGACUGUGAAGUAUGUAAAGAAUUCCUGAACCGAUUCUAUAACUCCCUGAUCGCCAGAGGAGUCAACUUUUCCCUGGACACCAUAGAAAAGGAAUUGGUCAGCUUUUGCUUGGAUGUCAAAGGAAAAGAAAACCGCCUGUGCUAUUAUCUAGGAGCAACGAAAGAUGCAGCCACCAAGAUCCUAAGUGAGGUUGCUCGCCCAAUGAGCGUGCAUAUGCCUGCAACAAAGAUUUGUGAGAAGCUCAAAAAGAUGGACAGCCAGAUCUGUGAACUGAAAUAUGAAAAGCAGUUGGACCUGGCAUCAGUGGACCUGUCAAAGAUGAGAGUAGCGGAGCUGAAGCAGAUCCUGCGCAGCUGGGGGGAGGAGUGCAGAGCCUGUGCGGAAAAAACCGACUACGUGGAUCUCAUCACAGAGCUGGCCCCCAAGUAUGCGGCGGCACCCCCCAAAUCAGAGCUCUGACCCUCGGGCGCUGACACACUGCUGAUGACAGACACGGGGACUCUCCACGUUAUGGACUUGUGGGUUAGGAGUAUGUAUGGGGUCUCAUACUUUUUGUUUUGCUAAUACAACCGAUUAAGACUUGGUUAGGGCGAUUGUAAUUAAAACUGCUAAUAUCACUGGUAACUUACAUUGGCAGUGUGCCAAAACCCGAGAGUGCCUUUCUCCUAAUGUUUGUGAGGAUUCUGU